AUGGCGAGCACCGACGGCGAGCCUUCGACCCAGCUGCCCUCCAAACGGGCGCUGGGGUCCGACGACGUGGGCAGCUCGAACGAGGCCUCGUCCUCGCGCACAGCCGAGAUCAAGCGUCGGCUAGUCAGAGCCAAGAGGUUGCGGCGGCCUGACGACUCGGCGCAGGACGAUGAGCCGACGCAGGAGAAGGCCGAGGCUGAAUCUGCAGAUGCUGCCGAACCCGAGGCGUCGGUAUCAGCAAGCCAGCCGCCAGAUCCGGCGCCUUCUUCUCCUCCUCGCAAGAACUCGCCGUCCCCGCGACCCCCAUCCCCGCCGCGAGGCUUCCCCCGCUCGAUCUACGCACCACCACGGGACAAGCACCCCCCACUCGCGUCCUGCCGCUCAGUGUACAAUUACACGCGGCUCAACCACAUCGAGGAGGGCACAUAUGGCGUCGUCUUCCGCGCGCGGUGUAACGACACGAACGAAAUCUAUGCCCUCAAGAAGCUCAAGCUCGAUGAGGAGCGGCAUGGAUUUCCUAUCACGAGCUUGCGCGAGAUCAUGGCGCUAAUGACGGCUGGAGAUCAUGAGAAUGUCGUGGGGGUCCGCGAGGUCGUCGUCGGCGACACGCUCAACCAAAUCUUCAUCGUCAUGCCGUUCAUAGAGCACGACCUCAAGACGCUGUUGGCCGACAUGCCGCACGCCUUCCUCCAGUCCGAGGUCAAGACGAUCAUGCGGCAGCUCCUGUCCGCCGUGGCACACUGUCACUCGAACUGGAUUCUCCACCGCGAUCUCAAGACCUCGAACCUGCUCAUGAACAACCGCGGGCAGAUCAAGGUCGCCGACUUUGGACUGGCCCGCAAGUUUGGUGACCCGCUUGGCGAAAUGACCCAGCUGGUCGUGACACUGUGGUACCGCGCGCCUGAACUCCUCCUCGGCGCGAAAGAGUACACCACCGCCAUCGACAUGUGGUCUGUGGGCUGCAUUUUUGCCGAGUUGAUGCAGAAGGACCCACUGUUCCCAGGCCGAGGGGAGAUUGACCAGCUCAGCAAGAUCUUCAACCUCCUCGGAAAACCCAAUGACGACGUGUGGCCUGGCUACUCGAAGCUGCCUAAUGCUAAGAGCAUCAACCCUGUGGGACCAACGUUCUCCACACUUAGACAAAAGUUCAAGCACCUGUCCUCGGAGGGGCACUACCUAAUGACCGCCUUGCUCUGCUACGACCCUGACAGGCGUAUCUCGGCAGCAGAGGGGUACGACCACCCGUACUUUAGCGAGUCGCCGCUGCCAAAGCACCCCGACUUGUUCCCCUCUUACCCAAGUGUGGCGUCGGGAGAGCGGCGACACCGGCUGCUCGCAAGCCCGCCAGCACCAGCCCACGUCGAGAAGGGCGACGACGACAAGAUAGAUCUGGAAUCCUUCGUAAAAGUCGACGAUGGCGAUACGGGCAUCCAGUCCCGAGCUCGCCACGCGCAUACGGUUGCCAGUGAUGGCGAAUACACGACCCGAGUGGCAGCCCUCAAAGUCGAAGAUGAGUCUGCCCGUCUGGCGGUCCCACAUCUGACGUGUCAGCUGGUUCAAACUCGACUUCCUCACCUUGAUUGUCGAGUCGUAACUAGCAGAAAGGGUGACUUGCUCGCCGAGGUGGAGGCUACGGACAAGCUCGGUGUGGCCUCUGUUAAGGCAGCGAGAACAGCCCGCUGGGGAUGUGCGGGUCAUGGGCAUGGGGCAUGA